AUGGCACAAUAUGAUGUUAACAGCAAAUCCGGUUCCUCUGAGUCUUACGUUGAGGUGCCCACGCAGACUUUAACAAAUGAACUUCAACCCAGUGUUACCCCUGCUAUCUCGAGUCAAGAUGAUGAGAGUGAAAGCCAAAGCCAAAGCCAAAGCCAAAGUCAAAGCCAAGCCAGUACCAAUGACCAAGGCAGUACUACUACCAGUGAGAGUGAGAGUGAGAGUGGCGGUGGAACGGUAGCGCCUGUGUAUGUGACUGCAUUGAACUUGGAAACCGACUUGGUCUCUAAUGCCGAUGCCUUGGAUGCGAUCAGCAAAGCCGCAGGGGUUCCACGUGAUGCGAUGGCUGUGGUAGAUAACAACAACCAUCCCAUUCCCUCAUCAUCAUCAUCAUCAUCCUUAUUGCAGUCCACAACGAUGGGAGUAAAUAGAGCGAUGGAAGUAAGUGCCGAUGGGUUUCACGCUCUUCGUGUGGGUUUCACAACCGUCACGGAUGCCGCGAAGGCACGUGUUGCGAUUGUCAGUGGACUUGUGCCGAAUGUGCGCCUUCCCCCAGCAGCGCCUACUGUUGACGGUGGACUGUCCGAUCGGGAUAAAAUUAUCAUUGGUUGUGUGAUUGGUAUUGGGGUGCCGCUUAUUAUUGCGUUGAUGCUUGCGAUCUUCUGCUGCUGUUGUCGCCGUAAGUCCGGGGGCCGCGGUGUGGGUGGAUACGCACGGCCGGAGUUUGGCGAUACGGCACUGAUUGAUUUGGACAAGGAAGUCACUGCACAAAUAACACCCGCUAUUCCACUCAAACAACAAAAAGAUCAUAUUUGA